UGAAAUUUCAGUGAUUUGUGAAAGUUGCAUAAAAUUAUUUCCAAUUAUAAUGUAGGGUUUAACAAAUUGUUAUUAUAAAAUAUAAAUAACUAAAUUCACAAUGGAUAACAUUGAAGUUGAGCCGGUGUCGCCCGAUAUGGAAAUAAACAGUGAAAAUCCGAUACAACAAAAUGAUCAAGAAUCUGUAGAGAAUUUUGAGAAAUUUAUUUACGAAUUGUUUGAGAAAAAUGGGAUUUUGAGCGAUUUGAGGGCGUAUCUACGUAGACACAUUGUUAAUCUGUUGAAAAGUGCCCAAAUCGGUGAGACUCCGGCAUGCCAAAAACACUUCGCUCAACGUCUAGAACUGACGACACAAGCCAUGAACAUGCUUAUUGCCGAAUAUUUGUUGCGCUUGGAAUUUAGUUACACUCUGUCUGUGUUUGUGUCGGAGAUACCCCUGGCGAACAUGGUGUUUGACUUUGCCGGGAACAUGAUGAGGGGUGAUGGUGAAGAAUCCAACCUUCGAUUCAAAGAUAAAGAUGUGUGCUCCAUUCUCAACUAUUUAGGAAUAAAGUGUGAUGCGGAGCACAUAGCAGACGUAAUAGAGAUGUACAAGAAUAAUGACCACACUCCGCUUUUGAUGUGCAUACUCAAGAAUAUGACCAUGUACCAACCUAAUGCUCCUCUUGUUGAGGAUACAAUAUCAGAAGGCAGUGUGUCGAGCACCCACAGCUCGGACACCCUCAGCGAGAGUCCGUGCAAGAAGAAGUCCCCCACUUUCCUGGACAAGUGUCGCCACUACAACGUCUGCCGACCCUGCCACAACAAGCUGGCGCACCUGAAGGACAAGUACAGGAAGAGAAAGAGGGAUUUUAUUAAGCAUCAAAAAGAGACAAGUAUCAAUUCAAUGAAUGUGAAGACAGUGAUGAAGAAUAUCUCGGCUAUAGAGGGCACUCUCACUGAUGAGAUGAUGGAGCAAGUGAAGUCAGUUUAUGAAGCGGAGGUGGAGCUGGUACGCGCUGAAGAGGAACGCAAGGUGAAACGCUCGCUCGCCUCACACGCCAUACAGUUACAGCAACAGAGGCAAGAGCUAGAAGAUAUGUUUAAAAAGCGGGAAGAAGAGUUAGAUAAGAAUGUGCGUGCCAAGAAGAAGUUCCUGUGGGGUCUGGCGCGCUCCCUCCGCGACCAGCACGACCAAAUGACGCGCGCUAUGAACGCGCUGCGCUGUCAGACUAGGAGACUCACUGCCAAGGAGGACAGCCUGAAAAGCCAGCUAGUAGAAGCCGAGCAAGUUCUUCGUCAGCGCGGCGAGAGCAUCCGAGCGCAGAUCUCGGGAGAGCUGCUGGCGCUGGAGGGGCAGCUCGACACCAUCAAGAAGGAGCGUGAUAACAUACACCAGGAGCGCUCCCAGCUGGAACAGAUGAAGCAGCAGCACAGUGAACAUGCUUUGCAAAAACACGACAAGGAAACGUCACACGAGAUUCGUUCAUUCUACGAGCUGAAGACCGAACUGGCCAAUCUUAAGAGAUACAUGGAGGCCACACGGAUAGACCCUAAGGUCUUAAUCGAUCGCUGUACUAUAACGGACUUGCACGGAGUAUCUUCCAAGCUGGGCAUUGAGAUACUGAAUAACGAACAAGAGAUAAGGGCGGCGAGGGAAGAAGAUAAGCUGAAGGCUAACCAGCUUGUCAAUGAUUUCAAAAAGCAGAAGAAUGUCAACUUUAAUGUGGGCCCCCCAGGAGACGAUUCGUCUUCGGCGGAGGGCGUGCCACUGUCCAUGUUGUCUCCCGCCGCCACCAUACUGCAGCUGCGAGACGAGAACGAUCGACUGCGCCAGUAUGCUGCACAGCAACAAGCGCAGCUGGAGCAGCUGGCGGCGGCGGCGGCGCGGCUGCAGGCGGCGGCGACGCGAGACGCGUGGCGGCCCCGGACGGCGCCCGCCGACGCGCUCGGGCCUUUGGCCGGCGGCAGCUUCACGGUGAACCCGACAGUGAGCUCGAACUCGUUCGGGUGGCGCAAGGGUGCAGGCGAGGAGCUGUGCGCGGUGGGCGGGCCCGGCGUGCGGGGGGCGCGGGUGCUGCUGCCCGGGGACACGCUGCCCUUCAUAGGCGUGCUGCGGGACCGGCAUGCCGACACCAGGCGCCAUAUGAUCAGCCAGUGGCGGGCCAUGCGUCGCCUGUCCCCGCCGGCGAGGCCGCGACCCCGCUCGCCGUCGCCUGCGCAGCGAGAUAUCAGACCUAGUAGUGCGGGGCCAAGCGUGAGCGUGGGUCCGGUAGACCAUCUGCAGAACGACAUCGAGCCGGAGUCAGACCAGCCGGAACCGGAACUACUCAUAAUUGAAACUAGAAACAUGGAGAAAGUCCAUUGUAAGCAGCCGCUGGCUGUCCCCACUCGCAACAGAGAGAAGAGUCCCAAGUCCGUGCUCAGAGAGGCCAAGGAGAAGCUUCGGACAAAAGCAAACACCAAAUAUUCGGUACCAUCAACAUCGUCUCGCGAGAAGAGUCCGUCGUCGGUGCUUCGGGAAGCGAAGCUGCGGCUUCGGAAGCUUGAGAUCGAAGCAGAAGCGGUUGAGAAGUCGUACCUGGACUUCCGGAAGCGGCAGUCAGAGCUGCGCGGGGAGCGCGCCCCGGAGGAAGACGCCGUCACCAAGGAUACGGGCGAGCUGUCUAUAAGACGUAGCAGAUCGCUGCAGAAGAUAGACCAUGGUUUCAUGGCAGACGCACAGAUGAAUCGCGCGGAGACGCAGAAGUUGAUCCGCGACGAUUUCGACCGCUACCUGCGAGAAUACCACGCCAACUUCGACAUAAGCGACACACACUUCCAUAAAAACCUCAACACUGCCAAAGCCAAGCCCAUCCCUGAAGCAUUCUCCUCGUCCAGAAAUCUAAACAUCAGCGAAAAAUUGACCGACGACAUAAACAAUUAUCUAGAGACCCCUAUAAACGAAUUUAGGAAAUAUUACCGUUCUCAAAUGUCUUCUAACGAGAGAGUAGAAAACGACGUCGGUAGACCCAUGUCGCCGAAAAGGAACCAACGACCCAAAUCGCCGCUGCGCCGAGAAAUUAAUAAAGUUGAAAUGGACAAAGUCGAUAAUAAAGGCGCAAAAGAGGAAAAGGAUUACGAAGCCAAAAAAGAAGCUUUAUUGAUGGCGAAGAAUUGUAAACAGAUGGAGUUGGAGAUACUCAAACGUAAUAUCAAUAAGAUGUAUAACAUCCCGGAUUCCCCUUACAUCGAAGUACCAGCCGACAUACCGACAAAUGUGAUGAGCAACGACUCCAACCACUCAACCGAACAAGCAAACGUAACCCUUAUGAAAGAGACCACCAAAAACUUAAUGAUUGAAGUAGAAAAUGUAAACAAGAUAAACGAAAUAAACGUAGUAGACAAGCCCCCUAACUUAUUAGUUGAGGUGCAGAGCAGGGUGGAAACUGCAGGCAUCCCGCAUUCUGACUCCGAACCUGAAGGGGGAGAGAAAAUGUGUGGGAAUAUGACUAUCCUUAUAAGUCCAAAGAGGAGUGACUCCGAUGGAACUGCGAAUAACAGGACGAAGUCUCCGGACAACGGUAGAAGAAGCAUGUCGCCCGAGCAAGCGGCUAGAUUGACGAGAAACGACGUGUUCGAAGCGAUAUUCCACGCGGACACAUUGAAAGCAACCUCCAGCUUCGAAAUACAUCCAACGAGCUCGAAGGAACACGUCGACGACUCGGAUGGAGUGGAGAAAGACGCGACAGAGGACUAUCCCGACGACUUCUCGGCCGACGUCGACAACUACAACACUCUGUCCGACAAAAACUCGCCGAUAUCACUCCCCAAGUCACCAACCGACGACAGAGACUUUUGGGAUAACUAAUUAUUCAAAAUAACAAUGAGAAUUAUACCAAACAUGUUUUAUUCCAAAGAUAAAUAAAUUACGACAUCGGGUACACGUCACUUAGAAAUAUUUCUCAUUUUUA